ACCCCAGGCUCAGACAGACACAGCAGGAAGGGGCCUGAGAGGCUGACAGAGGCAGGAUGGGUGCAAGGCAGGGGUGGAAGGGAGGGACCAGCCCGGGCUGCACCAGUGGGAGUGGCUCCACCCUUCCCACCUCAGAGCCAUGGGGAGCCAGGGUUCUGGCGGGAUGCCCUUGGUGCAGGUUCCCUACACAGUCCUGCUGCUGCCGCUGGGAACAAGCCGCCAAGACCCGGGGGCCCAGAGCUUCUUCCUUUGGCUGCAGAGGAUGCAGGCUCUGGAGAGAGAACAGGAUGCCCUGUGGCAGGGGCUGGAGCUGCUACAGCAUGGCCAGGCCUGGUUUGAAGACCGUCUGAAGGAGGCACAGCAACAGCAGCUGCAUCUAGGGGCCCUUGGUGAGAAUUUUCUAACAGAUUUACACUCAGAGCCUGGUGGCCCCCCAUUAGCCCAGAUUCAAAAGGUGAACAUCUGUUUGCAGAAUCUGAUUCAUGAGAAGUUCUCCCCAAGUCCACUGAACAAGGCUAGUUCCUGCACCACCCAGGAUUCAAAGGAAAGACGAAGGAAGCAGAACUUGUGGCGGCAACAGGAGUUGUCAAGGCAGCAGAAAGGAGUCACCCAGCCAAAGGAGGAGGUGGCUCAGCGGGGCUGCACCAACAGGCCAAGAGGCCCUACCCGUGUCUGAACCCUCCUCUCACUCCCCUAAGCCUGGUGAAACAGUCAGAAGCCCCAGGCUCCUUUUUCUGUUUCUUAACUCAACAGCUAAAAAAUGGCUCCAGGUAGUGAGUCAAUGAAGUUCAGACAUCUUGGUGUAAUGUUUGUCCUCUGCUCCUGAAAACUUCACCUUCUUGGUGUCUCACGUCCUCAUUCUCCCCUAUAUGACGUGCAAAAAUGAUCUUUCUUUGAAAUUCCUCUGGGGAGAAGACAUGUUUAUUGAAACUGUCCUUCAGCCUUAAAUACAAAAAUAAAACCAAAGCUGCUCCAGAAAGCAACUUUCUCCAAAAA